AUGGGUGAAGUUGCGAAAAUAAAAAAGUUCCUGGUUGAAGCCAGGUACCACCAGCAGGAUGCCUCCAGCAUCGACAUGAUCAAUUUGAUGAAGCAAUAUAAAGGACUGGUGUCUAACCUCGAGCCUUACGUCUUCAACGACGGCUCCUGCCGCAAGUUGAUCAACCUUGGAGGAACCAUUCCUGUCCGCUACAAAGGCAACACGUACAACAUACCUGUUAAGAUCUGGCUAAUGGACACGCACCCUUUCAACUCGCCAAUAUGCUAUGUCACACCCACGGCGGAUAUGUGCAUCAAAGUUUCUAAGUUUGUCGACCACAAUGGAAAAGUUUACCUGCCUUACCUCCACGAAUGGGACGCCUCAAAAUCUAAUUUGCUUGGCUUGGUGCAAGUGAUGAUUGUCGUUUUUGGGGAGCAGCCGCCGGUUUACACAAAGGCAAAGGCUCCGUACCCAACUCAGCAGCCGAUGGCAGGGUCAAACCCGCCAUACCCUGUCUUUUCGUCGAACAACCCUCUGCCGUAUCCGUCAAUGCCUCAGCCAGCGAUGCCUCAAGCGAGUGGCUAUCCUUGCGGGCCAACCCCUUACCCGCCAGUCUCCUCCGACACGGGCUACCCCCCUGCCUAUCCCUCCUCUGCAAACUCUGGGUACCCGCCACCUUAUCCACCCAUGCAGUCGCAGCCCUCGCCGAUGACGAGCUCACCAUCUGGCUACCCGCCGUCCACCAGUAGCGGCACCAUCACUGAGGAACACAUCAGGGCCUCGCUGCUCUCAGCCGUCGAGGACAAACUGAGACGGCGGCUCCGAGAGCAGUUUUCGCAGGGCACCGCCGAACUGGAGACGCUGAGGCGCACCAACAUGGAGCUCAUUCAGGGCAAGAGCAAGCUGGAGGGGCUUGUCGGUCGCUUGGAGAAAGACUGCUCUGAGCUGGAAAAGGCGAUUUCGGUUCUUGAGGAAAAGGAGGCUGAAAUGGACAAGGGUUUGGGAAAACUAUCGGCUGAAGAGCCACUGGACAUUGACGAAGCGGUCACAACCACCGCGCCGCUUUACAGACAGCUACUGAACGCGUUCGCAGAAGAAUCUGCCAUUGAAGAUGUCAUUUAUUAUCUGGGCGAAGCUCUGCGAAGAGGACGCAUCGACUUGGAAUCAUUUCUCAAACAAGUGCGAGCUUUGUCUCGAAAGCAAUUCAUGCUUCGCGCGUUGAUGAAUCGGUGCCGACAAAAGGCUGGACUUGCUGGUUAAUUUACUGGGUUAUUGCUAUCAGCUUUUUAUCAAUUUAAUUUAACGAUUAUGUAUUUAAAAAGUCAAGCAUCCGCUAUACAAAAACCUAUCAUUGAUUAUGGUUCUCAUAUUAGGAUAUACUGUACAUAUAUUUUGUAAGCAAAAAUAAACCUAGAUGCCAUUACGAAAACGCCAAUGUUCUCUUUGAGUUAAA